AUGGGAGUGGUCACGGCCUUCGGCAUGGCUGGUGACGUACGAACAGUUCUCCCAUCUGCUAACUGCCUGAAGGCUACUGAGCGCGGCCAUUUUGUCAAUGUCGUGCUAACCUCCCAGAAGACGUGGAGGAAACGGCGGGUGCUUUUGUCCGGUGAUUGGGAGUCGCCCUCGGGACAUCCCGUCCGUUUCCACAUUCCCACUACCUUCCAAAUAGUCGGUAGGCCAUUGUACCGUUCGCCGAGCACCACACAAGCGGAGAUCCGGCAGAUCGAGAUGGUAAGGCUGAAGGUCUCUGCCGUGGAGAGAGUGUACCCGAAGUUCCUCUUCACCCUCAAUCUCAUCAAGGCUCAACUUGUCAACCCUGCCGAGAUGACCGAAGAGAUGAGGGUUGCCGAGGCGAAGAGGAUGAACGAGUCCUCCAAGCAGCGCCUAAUGCUCGACAUCCAGGGGAAGAAGAAAAAAGGGCGGCAGCCGGAAACGGUACCAGUGUCAUCGGGAGGAGUAGACCCCGAAGACCUAACCCUCAACGAGCACCGUUGUCAACUCAACGGUGAAUCAGCGCAGGCCGGAGCGACGGCAGCCGGUCCGUCUCCCAGCCGAGGUGUGCCUUCCGAGGGCACCUCCUCCAAAGCAGUCGGUAAAAGGCCAUUCACAGUUGAUAUGGAGGCCGAUCCCGCUCCAAAGCGCGAGCGACAGGCCUAG